AUGCAGGACACGGCAGAUUUGAGCACCUCCAAACUGGGUACGAAGAAAUACUGGGACGAACUGUAUGCCUUGGAGUUGGAGAAUUUUAGGCGAAAUCCGCAAGAUACCGGGGACUGCUGGUUUAGCGACAGUGAUGCGGAACAAAAGAUGAUCGAUUUCUUGGUGGACAAUAUCGGUGCGUACAGAAUCACUGAGGACGCGUCUGUCGUGGACCUGGGCACAGGAAACGGUCAUUUGCUGUUCGAACUGCACGAGACGGAAUUCCAGGGCAAACUGGUCGGAAUAGACUAUUCUGAAGAAAGUGUCAAGCUGGCCACUAACAUAGCUGAGGCGACCGGCGUGGAGGAUUUCAUCAGCUUCCAGCAGGCGGACAUCUUCAAUUCUGGUUGGAACCCGGGCAAAUUCGAUGUUGUGCUGGAUAAGGGGACCUUGGAUGCCAUUUCAUUAAGCGGCAUGAAGAUCAAUGGCAAACUUGACGUGGUCGAUGUAUAUGCCGAAGUGGUGGAAAAAAUUUUGAGGAAAGAUGGUAUUUUUUUGAUCACGUCUUGUAACUUCACGCAGGAUGAGCUGAUAGAGAUCAUGCAGACGGAAAAAUUGAAACCGUGGAAAGCAAUAAAAUACCCAGUUUUCCAGUUCGGCGGUGUUCAGGGUGCGACCAUUUGUAGCAUAGCAUUUGUUAAGCAAGAUUGA